AUGAAGACUGCCGCAAUCACCACUUUCAUUCUGGCAACCACCGGCACCACCCUCGCCGCUCCGAGCAUGGAGAAGCGCGCCUUGCAGCCAUUCCGAAUCUCUACUCUCAGAGCCGCUCUUUACAACAAGGAGCACCCGGAGAGAACUCGCAUUAUCUUCGGUCUGAGUGACCCCAAUCACAAAUUUGGUACUACUUGCACGGCGGAUUGGACCUCCGGAAUGGGAGGAGAUAACAAGUUCAACUGCUCGAGCACGGACUACCGCUUCAGUUUCCCGAACGGAAUCAACGAUAUCCAGAAGUUUGACUUGAGUGUCGCUCAUGUCGAUGGAAUUGAAUCUUCGGCCGGGAAGACCUCUGUUCAUGGUGAUUCUUGGAAGUGCAAGACUGUUUCGAUCCCGGAGAACGAUCCUGCAGAGAAGUGUGAGUGGGAUGGUACUCUUGAAGUUAAGGUCACACUGUCGACUUGA